AUGCUGCUUGCUACAACACGCGGCGAGUAUAACGGCUCUCGACUUUUUGCGUUUGGGUUUCGAUACAGUGGGUGUUGCUCUAUCUGUCGACACGCGUACGUUGUCGCGGUUGCAGUUAUGGAGGAAGUUACCUACCUCUCGUCCAGACUUGUGGCGAAGCGCAGAGGAAUUGACAGUAUUGACACGCGCCCUGCGAAGCGGGUGCAGCGAGAUGAUGACGAGAAGGAGUCGGGCAACAGAUCUAGCGAUGGGGAGAGCUCCAGCGACGAUGAGGAAACGAGUAUCGGUGCCGCAUUGUCCACUGUUCAUAUCACUCCUGAACCAAGCGAUGUGCGCCCCGUUCCCGGCAUCAACAAGCGAGUAAGGUCAGAGGAGAAGUUCAGAGAGCCAAUGACCAAGAGGAUGCGUCAAAUCAAAUAUACAAAAGAGAGAAACGACAAGCGCAAACUUGUACGCGAGCAAAUGCAGAAGUAUAUUGAUGAGUUAGAGGAUAUCGUCAGACGCAACACAGAAGCGGGAGACCCUGACCGAAACGCACUUGAGCAAGGCAUCCAGUUCCAUAUGCUCUGGGGCCAAGAACUGAACAGCAAGUACGGUAUUUGGGCUACUUCGCGAGACGUCCUUUUAAAGCGCAUUGCUGAGCUGGACGGAAAUCAGAAGCCCAGUGACACACCAUUCCCGGUUGCUGCACUCGAAAAGAUCGCAAGGCUUGAAAUCAAAAUCACCAAAGGAAAGACAGAUGUCGCACGGCGCAGGGAACAACAGCGUGUCGCCGAGGGAACUUUGCGAAGUCAAGACGAAAAGAUUCUUGCAAUGCAAGCCGAGAUCACCAGACUGAAAACACACGUCAGCGAACUGAAGAGGUCUCACGAGGAACAUCCCCGUAUCAGCGAGAAGGCAACACAGGAGAUCAGAGAACAAGAACUACACAAGCGCGGCCAGAUGAUCCGAGACCAGGAGCGCAUUAUCAGCCAGCUCCAAAAGUCACAGGACGAAACAAAACUCCAACUCCAACAACGCGACGCCAAGAUCACCGAGCUGAAAGCAAGGUGUCCCGAGAAGAAACACGACAUGGACAAGUCAGCAGUCAAGCAGGCGCAAAAGCAAGCCAAGACCUCAGAAGCACGAGUGAAGAAGAUGUUUGACCACUACGAUACGCUGCACAACCAGAACGUGAUACUGAUUGGCAAACUGACGGCUAUGGCGCAGGCUGGGGGGUUCGGAAACCGUGGGAGCAUGUAUCGGAAGGAGCUAGAUGCGCUAAAGGCACCUUCGCUGGAAGAGUUGAAGGAGUUUGGGGAGUAA